AUGGCCUCGACGUCAUCUCUUAUGACGGAUGUUAAAACCUGUGGCUCCGGUGAUUACGAUAACAGCGGCGAGAACGAUGAGACGAGAAGUCGCCUUCGCACUAUCCAACACUACGGUAACCGCUGGCCCUGCUUCAAGGGCGCAAUGUGGGACACUAGCCCCGACUGGACAACCCCUCCGUACGUCACGCAGACGAUAUUUCUCCUCAUCUCGCCCUCUCUAUUCGCUGCAAGCAUCUACAUGAUUCUCAGUCGCGUCAUUCUCGUCGUUGACGGCGAGCACUGCUCCCCGAUCCGACGCGUCUGGCUGACCAAGCUAUUCGUCCUCGGAGACGUCUUGUCGUUUCUGAUGCAAAGCGGAGGCGGCGGCAUGAUGGCCGGUGGUACUCUCGAUGCCAUGCACAACGGCGAACGAAUCGUCAUACUGGGUCUCAUUGUGCAGAUCAUCUUCUUCACUCUCUUCGCCGUUACGGCGGCCCUGUUCCACAGACGAUUCGCGCGUAGCGUCGCUGCGAGGGUUUCGGCCUCGAACAUCCCGUGGCAGAGGUAUCUGACAGUCCUCUAUGUCGCGUCUGGGCUCAUCAUGGUUCGCUCGCUCUUCCGCCUAAUCGAGUACAUCCAGGGCAACGCCGGCUUUUUCAUCUCGAGGGAGGUCUUUCUUUACCUUUUUGAUGGCGCGUUAAUGUUUUUGACCAUGGGUAUAUUUGCCUGGCAACAUCCUGGGGAGCUCAAUGCUUUGCUGGAAGGGAUUCCUGGCAAGCAUGGCUACCGCUUGGAUUCAGUGGGGUAA